AUGCGUUUCUCUUAUCCAGGUCUUAUAUCUGGCGCCUGGGCCAUUGUGGGCACCUCUCCCACCGCCGUUUCCUAUAUGGGAGAUCUUUAUGCUUUCUGGGUUGCCUCAUUUGCCGGCAGCAUCUACUGCGCAAAGAGGAGCUCCAAGGAUGGCAAAUGGGGAGCCGCUUACGCCCUCCAAGGCUUCGUCUCUGGUAUCGCCGUUGCCGAGGGAACCUCGCCAUGUGCCGCCGUAUACCGUGAUAAACUCUACCUCUUUUAUAACGGACGCGGGCGAAAUGGCACCUUUUACGCCCAGUAUACCAGCGCCGGCUGGGAGCCGAAGGUGACGGCUCUUAUUGACCACGUCCCGAGCAAGCAAAUGGGCUUUGAUGGCAACACCUCCCCAGCUGCCGCCGUACACAACGGCAAGCUUCAUGUCUUUUGGUGCGGUUCCGGCAGAGACGGGAUAUACUGGUUUACACUCCAGGAGAACACCUGGAACUAUCAGUCGCCGAUUCAAGGCCGUGUAUCCGUCGCCCCGAAUUCAUCGCCUUGUGCUUGUACCUGGGGCGAGAACCUGUGUGUUUUCUAUAACGGCGGCGGCGGGGAUGGCACCUACUACUUCACCUAUAAUGGUGCCCCGGACAAACUUUGGAAUGACCCAAUCUCAGUUCGGGCCAAUAUGACUGGGGGCAUGGGCACAGCCGCCGAUACCAGCCCCAGCUUCGUCUCCACGGACUCCGGAAGACCCAGACUCUUCUGGGUAGGAUCGGGGGGACACUCAGAGGGCCUCUGGUCCUCGGAAGCUUUUAGAGGUGGCUGGGAGCGACAGGAUCGGCUCUCAAACGAGAUUGGUAGCAAAGAUUUGGGUGAGAAAACGAGCCCUGCUGCAACGACGCUUGAUGUUCUCGAUAUCGAACGAAAGGUGGAAAGGAUUCCGUUCGUUUUCUGGGCGGGAGAUGGCAAAAGAACUGAUUUAGUGCCCAUCUAUUUCGCUACUGUUUGA